UUUAGUCAACUUCUCACUCAAAGUUAGCACAUUAAUGGCGGCUGUGUUUUAGAACUCUUCAACGUAAUAAGGGUGAAACGUCUUAGCAACCCAUAGCAACGCGCGACGCCACGAGAUCGAUUGUUGACACAGGACAGAGGGACACAUAGGACCCUCGAAAUACUGGAGAUAAAAUAGACAUAAAAACCAGAAGUGAAGAAUAUAUAUUCGGCCUGUAUGGUAGUUCGACAUAUAUUCGACACUAUCGGAGUCAAGAGAGUUUAUGGGGUCCGUUGACAAUCACAACAGCGUUCAAUCCUGACUGAAGCCCUUUCAUCAUGAGCAAGAACAAGAAAGAGGAUGAUAAGCCCCCGCCCUCCACGGGUCCCGGGAGUAAGAUACACGCCCUACCGUCCAUUGUCAGGAGGCAUGUGCUCCAGGAGGAUAAGGUCGUCAUCCUCAACUUCUCCACUGCCAGCCUCAAGACAUUGCCUGCAGAGAUCUGGAAAAACGAGGAGGUUAUGGCCAAGGCCGUUCGUUUACAUGCUGAAAACAAUCGCCUUAAGAAGUUCCCUAAGACAGUAUCGGCCUUAGAGGUAUUGGAGUUUCUAGACUUGAGAAACAACCUAAUCACUGCCCUUCCUGGCACGAUCACAAAGAUUAAGACUCUGGAAAAAAUUGAAGUGUCGAACAAUGCUUUGAAGAGUCUGCCAGGUACAAUAAACAAAGCUCCUGCAUUGAGGACUUUAAGCGCGGCCCAUAACAAAAUAAAGUCUCUGCCAAAGACCAUCAACAAGUGUCCAGAACUGGAAUACCUCGAUGUAUCUUACAACCAAAUCAAAUCUAUUAAGAAGAACGUGUAUGAGCUAGGAGCUACCGUGAACCUGUCGGGAAACAAACUGACGGAGUUACCAGAUGCAACGGUGAAGGCGCCCGCUCUUAGAUCCCUGAAUGUGUCGCACAACGAGAUAGCGGUAAUUCCAGACACUAUCAACAUGAUCCUGACCCUCACAAGUCUCAACCUAGCCCACAACGAACUUGAGGAACUGCCAAGAGAAAUCGGGUUCUUGAAGUACAUGCACUUUCUUGAUGUGUCUCACAACCAGCUAGUGGCUCUACCCGACGAACUCUGCACCUUGCAGCAUGCUCUCACAUCUCUCAACGCUUCUGACAACCAGCUAAAGGCCUUGCCGAAAGAUAUUCACAAGCUGCAGGUUCUCCAAACGCUUAAUGUUUCAAAUAACCAAAUACAAACUCUCCCACCGAACUUCUAUGACACACAGUCGCUUGUGACUCUAGAUUUGUCAGGCAAUAAGCUACAGUCGGCGGACGGUAUCAGCAAACUUAAAAGUGCAAUUUUGGUAUCUCUUGCCCGGAAUGACCUCGGCUACCUCCCAGAAGACGUCGACCAGAUGAAAUCGCUGGUCACCCUGGACGUGGCUGGGAACCACCUAAAACACUUACCAAAAUCUCUCAAUCGAAUUUCAUCACUCAAACGUGUGCUGGUUGCUGAUAAUAAGCUCUCCAGCAUCCCGGACACGCUAGGGGAACACCAGCUGAUCACAGAGCUAGACUUCAGUGGGAAUCGCGUCCUAGGAAUUCCACAGGAACUCAGAAAACUAAGGACGCUGGAAGUUCUAAGAGUGGCGCGCAAUCAGAUAUCAGCCUUACCCAAGGUUCUAGAUACCCUUCAGUUUCUUCACACUGUAGACGUGACAGGCAACGGCCUGACCGAGAUCCCUCUGCCAGUAAGUGUCCAGGUCCUGCUGAUGGCUAACAACCCCCUCCAUUCCCCGACUGCAGAUACAAAAGGUACUCUAACUGUCAUUGGGGAGAAGGAACAUGCGAAGAAGUUGAAACGGCUGGACAUCUCUAGUAUUCGUCUGGAUAGGGUGCCAUUAUCCGUGUGUCGGCUGAAGCUGCUCACGUUUGUGAACCUAUCUCAUAACCAGUUGAAGAAGUUGCCCGGAGCCCUCUGUAAACUCCGACUAUUGGAAGAACUGGAUGUCAGUGACAACGAGAUUCUCACUCUACCACAGAACAUCAACUGCUUACAGAAUCUGAGGCGUCUGGACGCAUCUCAAAAUCGGAUCGGCCUAUUCGUGGAGGGUUUGACGCUGCUUCAUCAGCUGGAGUACCUGAACCUGUCAUUCAACAAUAUAGUAAGUCUUCCAGACCACUUCGGGGAGAUGAACAAACUGGUCACUCUAGACCUCUCUAACAAUGAGCUGACUCAACUACCAGAGGACAGGAUCGACAUCCUGGCAUCGCUUCUCACCCUCAAUAUCUGCAAAAACCACAUCAAUAUAAUCCCGACAGAUCUUCCCUAUCUGUAUCGCAUCCAGAUCCUCAACUGUUCCGGGAACGAUUUGAGUUCUAUUCCAGCAGACAUAUUCAGGAUGACGUCACUGGAGGUCUUGGACCUGUCAGACAACUUGUUGGAGUCUCUCCCGGACGGGGUCUCCAAGCUGCCAGCUCUGCGGGAACUAGACGUGUCUGAUAACAAACUCAGUUCCUUCUCCAACAAGAUAGAGCAGAUGAGGAAAAAGUUAAGCAGCUUCAAAUCGGAGAAACAGUCCAGCUACAAGACCCGUGAUCUCAAAGAGGGUUUAGCAGCCGGGGAGGCUCAGACGGACAACAGCCGUGAAAACAGUCCCGCCCUCAGGGCCAAAAGCCCUAUGCUCAGCAGGGUUGAAGACGAGGACUAGGCUCCUGGAUGCUCAUUGACUUUAAUGCUUUCGGUAUCAUUUUGGCUGAUUUGUGACACUUACUUUUUUGAAUAUUUUGAUAAAAUUUAUGUGUGAAAAUGUCAUAUAGUAGGGAAUUCUAAAACAUAAUAUCUAAAUCUUUAACAUCAUAAUGUAUCAUUUGAAGUGAUAGUGUGUAAUAUAAAUUGAAUACUUUGGGAUAUCGUAUAUAAACCUAUCAUAUUUCUUUGUUAGAACAUUUCUGUAAGAUAGUUAUUGUAAAUGUAAUGUCGUGAGAACAGAUUUUGUAAGUUACACUUGUGGAAAGGAGAAGAAUUAAACGUUUCAAGGCAGUUGAAAAUAAUUCAUGAACCUCUUUCUGUUAACGAUCCAGAGCAUUGCAAAUACUGUCUAAAGAUGCUACUAAAUGUCCAACUCACCCACUAACUCUUUCCACUCAAUGUCGAUAUGGGGGCUAGCAUUCAAGUCAGUUUAGUAAAUAAACGAGUUUAAUAUCCAAACGAUCAAAUUGUUUUAUACAGUAAACUAAGAACAUCAUCAGUUGCAUUUAGUUACAUCACAAUUCAAUAACCUGCUUAAUAUAGCCGUCUGCAUUUCGCUGGAUAAAGUUCUCUUAACAUCAAUGCUCUGGUAUAUCGUCAUGCUUGGAUCUCAUCAGUAUUAUGUAGUAUUUUACAAUGAGUUGAUUAGAGUGUUCCAGCCUUACCUUGCAUGGUUCAUAUACUCCCUGCGUUGGUCACAUGUUUACUGUUUGAAUGUAGGUUCAUAUAGGCGCAGGUUAUUCUUGGCUUAUUACUAUGUCGUGAUGUCCCCAAGGAGAUAUUCAGAACUGUGAUGUUGUUAUUACAAGGUCCUACUGUGAUGCCUGCUUUGUGUUAUACAUGUAUGAAGGUGAUUUUUAUUUUGAAAUUAUUCUUAAUGAACAUCAUGUUUUAUAAUAAGCUCUUAUUGUGAUAUAUGUUAUUUUGUCGUACAUGUAUAUAUAGAUGAUUGUAAAUGGUACAAUAUAAAUAUCUUUUCUAUACCA